GAGAGGCCCCCGGUGCGGGCCACAGUGCCGGGGGGAAGGGAUGACUCUGGAUUCAAUGAUGGCCUGCUGCCUGAGCGAGGAGGUAAAGGAAUCCAAGAGAAUCAACGCGGAGAUCGAGAAGCAGCUGAGGAGGGACAAGAAAGACUCUCGGCGGGAGCUCAAAUUGCUUUUGCUCGGUACUGGAGAGAGUGGAAAAAGCACAUUCAUUAAACAGAUGAGGAUUAUUCAUGGCUCUGGCUAUUCUGAAGAAGACAAGAGGGGAUUUACCAAGCUAGUUUUUCAGAAUAUCUUCACUGCCAUGCAGUCUAUGAUAAGAGCCAUGGAUACACUAAAAAUUCCCUACAAGUGUGAACAGAACAAGGCCAAUGCUCAAGUAGUGCGAGAAGUGGACGUAGAGAAAGUAUGUACCUUUGAACAGCCAUAUGUGAAUGCAAUCAAGAACCUGUGGAGUGACCCUGGGAUCCAGGAGUGCUAUGAUCGACGGCGAGAGUACCAACUGUCAGAUUCUGCCAAGUAUUACCUGACAGAUGUGGACCGGAUUUCAAAACCCGGCUACCUGCCCACGCAACAAGAUGUGCUGCGUGUAAGAGUGCCAACUACGGGUAUAAUAGAGUACCCUUUUGAUUUGGAGAACAUCAUCUUCAGGAUGGUAGAUGUUGGUGGUCAGAGGUCUGAACGAAGGAAAUGGAUUCAUUGCUUUGAGAAUGUCACUUCCAUCAUGUUCCUUGUAGCCCUUAGUGAAUAUGACCAGGUUCUUGUGGAGUCUGAUAAUGAGAAUCGGAUGGAGGAGAGUAAGGCACUGUUCAGGACCAUAAUAACAUACCCUUGGUUCCAAAAUUCCUCUGUCAUUCUGUUUCUAAAUAAAAAGGAUCUGCUGGAAGAUAAGAUCAUGUAUUCCCACCUCGUAGACUAUUUUCCUGAAUUUGAUGGCCCUCAACGCGAUGCUGCAACAGCUCGUGAGUUCAUUUUGAAGAUGUUUGUGGACCUGAAUCCCGACAGUGACAAGAUCAUCUAUUCGCACUUCACCUGUGCCACAGAUACCGAAAACAUACGCUUUGUCUUCGCUGCUGUCAAAGACACCAUACUACAGCACAACCUUAAAGAGUACAACCUGGUGUAACCAAGCACCCACCUCCCCUCAACCUCCUCCCCUUCAUUAGAAAGUUGGGGUCAGCCCCAUCACCAGAAAGCAAAGCACUGGUGUGAGCGAAGGGGAGGAGGCUUCAGUCUUGCUUUUGUUUUUAUUAUCUUUUUUUAUUAUAAUUUUAUUUUGUUUCUAAAUGGGAUGAUUUUUGCCAAAUUAGUAAAGGUGCAGCUUAUUGCUGCUCCGUAUGCCUUUGAUAAGUCGUUAAAAAUCAUGGGUUUAUAUUUCAAAUAGCCUCUUAAUAUUUCUUGUAUUAAAACAGUAAGAAGGGCAAUAGAGCAGGGAGUCUGGUGAGAGCCUGCUUGCUCACCCUACAGCAAUUUUCUCCAGUUUUUAUUCACAAAAUUCG